AUGAGUGCAGUGCCGUUUGGGCCGCACGCACUGCUCGAUACCCUUUAUACCGCGGCCGCAGCGUCUGAUGCAGCUACUUUGAGAGAUUCCAAUGCACAACUGGACUCAUGGGAGGCGCUCUCCACGUACUGGGAGGCGCUCCUGCACGUUGCAUUUGACCGCGGGGUAACGUCUGGAAAAUAUCCCGCGGCGCAGUACGAGCAUAUGCGGCGCCUUGCCAUCAUUCGCUUCAAGAACGGGGUAGCCAAGUUUUGGAGGCCGCGUAUUGUGAACCGCGUCGCUGUGAAGAUCGACCCUGCGACGAAAGAGAGGCUAAGGGCGUCGCUUAUGGGCGUUCUUCACGAACCCGACCGGGUCGUUGCGGUGCAGGCUGCCGUCGCGAUCGCCAAACUUGCACGCCUGGACUACCCUGACGAAUGGCCGCGUCUAAUUCCUAUGCUGCGUGAAGCGAUCCUGUCGUCUAUCGCUACCAUGUGUGCUGGCGACUCGAGUGUGAACACCGCGCGGCAGACCUUGGUCCUUUUGCGCGCGGCCGACGUACUGCGCCAGUGUGUGAAAGAGUUUGGAACGGUGCGUGUACUGGCGGGAAAGUUGCGCAUGUCGGAACUGGCACGUCUGCUGCUCCCUGAAUUGCAGCCGAGUUUUGGCGAGCUGUUUUACAAUACUUUUCCCUUUGGUCCCCACAGCACCCCCGACGCUGUUUUGCGCUGGGCCAACGAACCCGGCAUUGUGGAGCGCAUCCGUGCAGCACACCUGCUUUUCAAAGUCCUGCACCGCUUAUCGCUCGCAGAUUCUGGUGUAAUUUCGUCUAGAAUUGAUACCAGCCAAGGCAAGCCGAACAAUCUCGCGUACAACUUCUUCGUCACCACGCCCAGCCAGCUGCAAGUUCUUGCUGGACUGCGUGACUACGUGGUAGGCUCAGAGGACGCGGCGCUAGGCGCAACUAUCGUGCCGCUGACCAAGUACAUGAUUGCCUACGGCAAGUUUCAUCUUGCGCUGAUCGCCAAGCUCCACAACAAUGUCUCUUUCUGGCCGGCGUGGCCGGAAAUCGCAUGGUGGUACUGGUCUAUUCUUCAGCGCACCGCUGCCGACGGGAGUGCUUUGUCCGUGCUCAAGCCGGAGGCAGCAACAGACGCUGAUAUGCGCGCAGCGCACCCCUAUAAAUGGCUAGUUAUCGCCUUGGUCUUGUUGCGCACGACGCUCUUCGCGUGGAAACGGAACCGGCCAGCAGGAUCAGCAUUUGUCGGCAUGCAAGGCGCUCAAUUCGAGCUGGAUGCGACGCAAGUGCUCCUGAAUUCCUACCUGCGCCUUUCGCAACAGGAUUUGCAGCGCUGGGAAGAGAGUGCGGAGACGUUCGCCAUCGAAGAGACACAGGCGGACCCAAACAUGGACAUUCGGCCCGCCGCAGAGCGCCUCCUCCUUGUCCUUUCGCAGAAUUGCACGCGCGGCGCGCGCAAUGGCGUCGAUCAAGCUGUUCUGCCACACGUGUCUGAGUUUGUGUACAGUAAAUUCGAAGAGGCUGCGACGAUGGACACGCUGUCUUUGGACGCAGUUCUUGCGCGCGAUGCACUUUACACAGGCCUCGGCCUCUGUCGCGACCAGCUGGACCCCGCGUUGUCCGAGGACGAGGUGGGCAGCACACCGCACGACCCUGCCGAUAUGGAUCGCUUGACGCUCGCUAUUCGCGCUCGCUUCGUGCCAGAGGCCAUGUACAUUUCUCCGCGUGUUGACGCAGCAUGGAUCGUGAUGCGACGCCGCAUUGCAUGGCUCCUGUGGGAAUGGAGCGAGUAUGUGCGGUCCGACAUGCGCCAGGAAGUGUACGCUACUUUGGUCAGCUUAAUGGUCACAGAGUAUGGGCGGACUGACGCCGCAGUGCAGCUCGCCGCCACGCGUUCGCUCUCCGCGCUUGCCGAUACCGUCGAGUUUGAGCCCGACGUUUUUGAGCCAUUUUUGGGCGAUGCAUUGGCACACAUGCUCCGGCUUGUUGCACACGGCGAUUUGGAAGAACCUGAUAGUAUUCGCACGGUGGCCAAGGCUCUUUCCGUGAUCAUUGAGCGCGUUGGUCCGCGCAUUGUGCCUUUCACUCCAAAGCUCGUCGAGAUGCUCCCCGUGCUAUGGGAGCACGAUGAUCCUGAAGCGCGCGUCAAGCCGAGCAUUCUGGAAUUUUUGGGAAAGCUGGCGACCGCGUCGAGUGCUGCCUUUGCCAACGACCCUAGGUUGCAGCAUUUACACGAGAUGAUCGUGCGGAUUGUACACGCAAGCCUGUCGCCAGCGCUCGCGCCGCUGCUUGGGUUUGACGGCUUGCUGCUUUUUGCACGUACCGUGCAAGCGACUCCGAACAUGACUGCGCCGCUCUUUGGCGCGCUCGCGCUUGUUUCUCCGUUGGUUUUGCAGCCGGAUUAUGCGCCGCUCGCGUGCCAUGUAUGGGAAGGGGCGUGUCUAUUGGCGCCUGUGGAUGCAUUGCAGCAUUAUGGAAGCGAAAUGUACGCUACGUGUGCCUCUGUGCUUGGAGAAAAAGACAGCCCCGUGGUUCUUUCGCCGCUCACGGCGCUUCACUGCCACUUGCGUGCCUUGUCUGUCGCAGACGCGCCAGACGCAAUACGAUACUUUGCGGAGAUAUUGCACACCACGCACCUCUUCCCCCUUUUGCUUUCCACGCUCCUCCGCGGCGAAGAGACGAGCGUUAUCGAGAGUCAGUUUGUCGUAGUGCUCUGUCGCAUGGCAUUUCUCUUCCCGCUGCCAUUCUUCCUCGAGCUUGUUCGUGGGAGUGUGCCGACGCUGCUGCAAGUAUGGGAGGAUAAGCCUACGUUGCAGGCCACACUUGUUGGCAAGCCAGCUGGGAGUGUGUGGGACGUGCUGAUCCCAUACCUGGUACGGUGUGUGCAAAGUAUGUCGUCGGUCAGCAAAAUGAAGCUUUGCUCUCUUGGCGCUGCGACGAUCUUGCGCGGCGCGGGUCCCGAGGAUAUUCAGGUACUGGCGAAUCUGCCUGCAUUGGUGGGCAUGUGGACCGAUGUGCUGGGUCUGGUUGUAGAAAACGAGGAGGGCGAUUCUUCGGUCUACAACACCGAUCCGCUCCACGAUCGCGUGCCUGGCAACGAGAUGCUGGACGACGAAUUGGAGCUUGGGUUUGACUCGUACGGGCCUUUGGAGGACACGACGCCAAGCGGCAAGCGUGCCGACGCGUUAUUGAGCGAGGAAGCCGCGCGCAAAACACCGCUACGGCCCUACCUAUUUGCAUCGCUAAACAGUGCAUUGGCGGCGCAUCCACCGGGCACUCCAUCGGGCGUCGUGCUUCAGCAGGCGCUGGAGGGAAUAGAUCCGCUCGUGCUGGACGUGCUGAACAAGGACCUUGCCCAGGCUCCCGCAACGUAG